GUCGGCCACGUGGCGCCCGAGGCGCAGGUGGGCGGGCCAAUCGGCAUGGUGAACGACGGCGGGACGUCAUCACGAUCGACGCCGAGACGCACGAUCAGCGUCGACAUCUCCGACGACGAGGUGGCCCGCCGGCAAGCGGCGUUCGUCCCGCCGCCGCUCAAGUACACGCGUGGCACCAUGUCGUGGUAC